UGGUAGCUAAACAAUCAAAACGUGUUGACGUUACCAUUUGGACUAAUUGCAACUGCCAGGUGGUCUGCAUUAUCAUUAAAGAGCAUAACUUACUGGGGCGUUUUUUUCUUUUCAUUAAUUUAAAUGAUUAAGUAUCUUUUUUACGUUUUACUCUACUUCAAAUAAAAACGCAAUCAGCCAUCAUUACAAGAUGUUAUCGUAAAUCGUUACAUUAUUUGGCACAUAUCACUGCUUCGGUGUUGUCUGCCCUGAGUUGUCAUCACCAUCUAAACUGUAUCUCAGCAGUUUUCAGGAAAUUGUCUGACAGCAGUUCUCACACGGACACAUGGAGGUAUUUUCCGCAGAAGCAACAACUUGACUGAGAAGCAAACUUUAAGGGGCAGUUCAGCGCUUUGUGGGGUGGCUGUGAAUCCCCUUGUAGUCUAAGUGAGAAUAGAGUUUCCCUGAAUUUGACUCAGCAGCAGACAGCUUUUCCUGUUAAUGAGUCGGCUCCGUUCAGUGCAGAUCAUCUCUUCGACUGACUAACAGCUGUGCAUUUGAAUAUGAUGCGAUUGCUGUUCCUGUGUCUGCUGCUAAUGCUGCCAGCUGCUUCUGCUGUAUCAGAGUUUGAAGGAUCUGCUGAUGAAGUUCCGGAUGAUGACGAGGAUUCAACAGUGCCUCAAAAACCAUCGGACUCACAUAGAGCUAAAAGUUCAACUGAAGUGACUGAUCAGUUCACCGUGAUUGGGAUCGUUGUAGCUGUGGCUAUUUUGACUCUUUCCGUUGCUGCAGUAAUCAUCGUACUGUUAGUAAGACGGAACAUGCAUAAUCGAGAGCAAGGGGUAUACUCCGUGCCCACAGAGCAGGACCAGAAAGGGACCAUCUAGUUGCUGGUGGAGUAGCAGUCCUAAAAACAAAUUGACAAGAGAGGAGCAGUGUAUCGGGUUAUAUCAUCUCCUACUCUUUGACUCAGGACAGUUACAUUUCUUUGCACAACAGCCUGCUUCCUCCAUGCAAUUCAUAGUUCUCUUCUACACCAACUACUAUCAAUACAUAUGCAUUUUUAUUUCAACUGUUGUAUAGUUUUGUCUCUGUCCCAGCCGUUUAUACUCCAAAAACACGCAAUUUAGCCGGGGACAUGUGGAACACAUUCAAACCUUUAAUUGGAUUCUAUUUGAGGAAUCCAAAUCAAAGCCAGUGAAUAUGGCUUAAAGCUUCUUUUGUUAAAAGGGAUGAUUUAGCACAGCAAGAGCUUCCCUUUUUUUAACUACCUGAAACAAGAAAUGAUUCCUACCAGCCAUGCAGUGAAAGUGUAUUUGCGUUUGAUUCGCUGCAUGUGGAACAAACCUGCCCGUGUGGAAUGGUUGAUGAGUUAGACAAACCAUGCUAAUCCACACUAAGCCAGCCCAGUGCUCACUUCACUUGUCUGACACCUUCUGUUCUAGCCUCAUUAGGAAUGACAGGAGGUUGAGCAAUAAGAGAUAAAAACCUGUUCGCUCUCUUCUCAGCCUUUAGUAAAAUAGAACAUGUGAAAAAAGCCAGUGUGAACAUCUUGCAAUACAUCAUAUUAAUCAACUGCCCAAAGGAUGAUGUUUUCUUUCCCCCCUCUCUGUUACGUUUUGAAAGGCUUUCUCUUUAGGCCUGCUGGUUGUAAAUACAGCAGCUCUCUGAAUGCAGUAGAGUUAGACUAAUGCUUCACACUGGUAGAAAGAAGCUGGGUGUGAGGGAGGAUUUAAUCUCACAAAUCAAAUAAAUCCUGCGGAUGAUGGGGAAAUACCAACAAUGAUUUUGUUUUAUACACACAACGCAUGAUGUCUCCUCUCUUUCCAUUUAAAUGUAAAUCAAUCAUGCCCUGUGAAAGAAAGCUUCAUAUCCUAGAACCCCUCGCACUGGUUACAUUAUUUGUUGCAAUAAAGAGGGAACUCCCUGUUGCCAAGGUUAAAGGGGAAUGGGACAUGCUCCCGAUCGACAUCACGCUAUUUCAAUUAUGGAUCAUGAGGACACUUAUAAUUGAGUAAGCACACUGGGAAUGGCUACAUAGGGUUAAACACUGGAUUUGUCAAAGCAGGAUCUCACUUUGCUCUUCCACUAAAUCUUGCAGUUAAUCUUGCCACUGGGGACAGGGCUUGGCCUCAUUCCAGUCUGACUUGAAUGCAGAAACAAUUGUGCAGUCCCGUCCUCUACUGUGCGUACAGCCGUUAUAGGUCUGUGAAGGGGUGUUGCCUUAGAUAUGAUGCAUCCCAGUCUAUUAACAAAGACAAAUUGGCAGAUGUGAUUAUUGUUUUGGCAUUUGUUUUAAUGAUCGUAAUUGAGCACUGUGUGUACAUUAUGUGUUAUUUCUCAAAAGCUUAGCAUUGCCCAAUGAGCCUUCAAUAUUAGUCAGCAUUUCAAUUGAUCGGCAAUUGGACAAAAAUUACAAUGCAAAACAUUUCAGGUUUUUUUGUCUUCUUAUUUACUUAUAUUUCCCUUUUCUGUUUGAAUAACAAAGCACACUUGUACAGCAUUGUAGCAGAGUAUUGUCUGUUAAGAUUUAUUUCAAUAAGCAGAAAGACUUUGAAAAAAAACCAAAGAGAAACACAACAUUUAGUCUGGGAGCCUGUUCUACCGAUGUGACCAAACUCUACUUAGUAAUUCCCUCCUGUAAAGACUCUCUGCUCUGACACUACAAAUUUAGAUGUUGAGCUUUUUGGUUUCUUCCUCAGUGGGAUUUAUGUGGAAAAUUGAUUUUUAAUUUAAAAUGUUCUGGUUUUCAGGUUGACUAUGGUGUCCCUGAGGUCAAUGCACUUAAGAAGCAUGUACAAAGAGACUAAACAUUAGCAAACAAAGAAAGAUCUGUAUCAAGGUGUCACAAUGUAAGCAUGGUAAGAAAUAAAGAGAACAGAAGUACAUAAACGUGUUACAAAUACAAGCAUAUCUGCACAAUUUGCAGGAUUCCUGUAGUUAAGUGUGCAUGUGCACUGUCUCUCUCUUUUGUUUGUCUUGACUUUUUUUUUAAAUUUAAAAUAUAAUAUAUUGUAUGUAUUUACAGAUUUACAGACCUAUAUAUUUGCAAUGUGUCUCUUCAUAGAAAAAAACAUUAUGUAUUUGGCUAAAUGGUCUUUUUAUGUACUUAAGGGGUGAUGUGUUAUCUCUACUGUUCAUUUAUAAAGUGUUUGUAAAAAUAAAUUUGUGGCGAGUGAGAGUAUGUUUUUUCCCAAAUCUCUGAUAUGAAAUAUUUGCAUUUUAGAUUAGCAAAACAUUUAAGUUUGGACUUAAUGUAGAAUAGUACUGUUCACAUGUUCGAAUGCAUUUGUGUAUCCGAAAGAACUCCCACUUUAUGUAUUUGUGCAAGCAUUCACAUUGUUUUUUUAAUAUCAUUAUUCACCAUGUAUAUAUUAUAUAGCUGUAUAUCAAUCGCAGUCAUAUAUCAUGAAUCAAUUGUUUGCAUAUCUGCUCUCUAUUUGAUUUUGUUCUGAUACUAAUUAGAACAGUUAAUACUCCUGUAUAUUACUUAGGUAUGCUGUACUGACAUGAAUUAUUUUAUAAAAUGUGCUUGGUUUCUCCCA